AUGGAAGCGGAAGAUGAGGUGGAGGUGAGCUGCACGCUGGAGAAAAAUCAGUUCAUUCUUUGCAAAGGAGACGGAGGACGAGGGGUCCCGCUGAAGAGACCUGCUUUCUGUCCCAUCAAACACCUGUCAGCCACGGACGCAGCUGCAAUCCCAUUGGACAUCCAACAGCGUGGAGUGGAUGUGGGUGUGGCUAUCCUCCUGCAGACAGCCAAUCAGAGAGUGUUGCUGACACGGCGUGCAAAGGAGCUUCGCAUAUUUCCCAACGUCUGGGUUCCUCCAGGAGGUCACGUGGAGUUGGAUGAGACGCUGCUGGGUGCAGGUCUGAGGGAGCUGCACGAGGAAACUGGACUCAAACUGGAGCCGGAGCAGGUUUCUCCAACAGUGCUGGGCCUGUGGGAGUCGGUGUUUCCUGCCAUGCUGUCCAGAGGACUUCCUCACAGACACCACGUCGUCGUCUACAUGCUGCUGCACUCGUCUCUCACUCACCUGCAGUUACAGCCCUCUCUCAGACCGUCGCCUGCUGAGGUCAGCGCGUGUCUGUGGGCGGACAGCCGGCUGGUCAGAGCCAUCGUGUCUGCCGUGGACGGAGACGACGCCGGCGUUCAGCUGGACGACCUGCCGAGUAGCAUCAGCGUGUCGCAGGUCUCUGCAGACGGAGCUCUGACCGAGUCUUCGAUGCCUCUGGCGGUCUUCACCAGUCGCGCUCCAGCCAGCGGUCCCGACGUGGAGCGGGUCAGCACCGGGACCAAGUUCGCCCUGGAGCUGUGGCUGAGGAGCCUCGAUGUCCCUGACCUGUGACCCCGACCCCCUUUAAAAGCCCACCCUGCAGACAUCAAGAAGGGAUGAGAAAACUGGUGCUGCUGUUCUUCACUGAAACACUGAACACUGCAGGCCAGCAGGGGGCGGUGCAGGCCAGCAGGGGGCGGUGCAGGCCAGUGCACAGGUGGCUGUUGAAUCAGCUCAUCUUUCAGUCUCAUGUAAAAACAGUGAAACAUAUUAAUGUACAAACUUUCAUCAGGUGUCACUCUGAAGGUGCUCAUGUUUGUCACAUUUCUGGAUAAUUAAUAUAAUAAACCCGUAUUUUUGGUUGUGGCGUCUCCUCAGAGACGUCCGAGAAGACGAGUUUUCUAAAAUCCUGUUUCGGAGUACGACGUCCUGGACUUAUUAUCUGAAACGAUCGUGUCAUUCAAAUAAAAAUCUGUUUCCUUUUCACAUUUUUAUUAUUUAAAUAAAAGUUUGCGCUGCACAGUGUACCUCAGAGGAAGCUCGUGUAUUGUGGAAACUUAAACACUGGAUGUUUGGUUAGUUUGUUUGCAAUAAAUAUUCUGUCCUGAA